GUGUGGCGCACCUUCAAGAUGGCGGCAGGCCUGAGGAAGCGCGGCCGGGCAGGUCCCGCAGCUCGGGCGGUGGGACUGUGCGGGCAGUGGCUGCGGCGCGCCUGGCAAGAGCGGCGCCUACUGCUGCUGGAACCGCGCUACACGCUGCUGGUGGCCGCCUGCCUCUGCCUGGCGGAGGUGGGCAUCACCUUCUGGGUCAUUCACAGGGUGGCAUAUACAGAGAUUGAUUGGAAAGCCUACAUGGCUGAGGUGGAGGGCGUCAUCAACGGCACCUAUGACUAUACUCAACUGCGGGGUGACACUGGACCUCUUGUGUACCCAGCUGGCUUUGUGUACAUCUUCAUGGGGCUAUACUAUGCCACUGGCCGGGGCACUGACAUCCGCAUGGCCCAGCACAUCUUCGCUGUGCUCUACCUGGCCACUUUGCUGCUUGUCUUCUUGAUUUACCACCAGACCUGCAAGGUACCUCCCUUCGUCUUUUUCUUCAUGUGCUGUGCCUCUUACCGUGUCCACUCCAUCUUUGUGCUGCGGCUCUUCAAUGACCCAGUGGCCAUGGUGCUGCUCUUCCUCAGUAUCAACCUCCUGCUGGCCCAGCGCUGGAGCUGGGGCUGCUGCUGUUUCAGCCUGGCAGUCUCUGUGAAGAUGAACGUGCUGCUCUUCGCCCCUGGGUUACUAUUCCUUCUCCUCACGCAAUUUGGCCUCCGUGGGGCCCUCCCCAAGCUGGGCAUCUGUGCUGUCCUUCAGGUGGUGCUGGGGCUACCCUUCCUGCUGGAGAACCCCGUCGGCUAUGUAUCCCGCUCCUUUGACCUUGGCCGCCAGUUUCUCUUCCGCUGGACCGUGAACUGGCGCUUCCUCCCCGAGGCCCUCUUCCUGCAUCGUGCCUUCCACCUGGCACUUCUGACUGCCCACCUCACCCUGCUCUUGCUCUUUGCCCUCUGCAGGUGGCACAGAUUGUUUCUGCCCUCUUCACCUCCAACUUCAUUGGCAUCUGCUUCAGCCGCUCCCUUCACUACCAGUUCUACGUCUGGUAUUUCCACACAUUGCCCUACCUCCUGUGGGCCACGCCUGCACGCUGGCUCACACACCUGCUCAGGUUGCUGGUGCUGGGGCUCAUUGAGCUCUCCUGGAACACAUACCCAUCCACGUCCUGCAGCUCUGGUGCCCUGCACGUGUGCCAUGCUGUCAUCCUGCUGCAGCUCUGGCUGGGCCCCCAGCCUUUCCCCAAGACCAUCCAGCACAGCAAGAAAGCCCACUGAGAUCCAUCUCUUCCCCUCCAGUCUAUUCUCAGGACCCUGGAUGGGGAUGGACUGUGUGCCCUUCCCAAUAAACUUUGCGAAGUCCACUUCUGUGCAGCCUACGUGGAGGUGCCUGGACCAAGCUGUGAGGGACGGGCACGCGGCAGAUAAAGAACUCAUUCAGACAGUCCUAAGAGGCACUUUAUUGCAUAGGAUUUAGGGACUGUGGCUCU